AUGAGCGUAUAAGAAUUCAUUGCCAACAAGAAGAUGUUAGAUGUAGAAUGGAGAUUUUCAAGUUUUAAUCACAAUAUCAUUUUAGUUGCUACAGCCAAUAGUUCUAAGGAAAAUUAUAGUGAUUGCUUCUUAUAACUUAAAAUCAAAACAAUUGAUAAAAACAUGGUAGAAGAAACAACUCAUUUCGAAUUGACAUUAGCAUAAUUUAACGAGCUGUUUACUGAAAUCGAGAAGGUAAAGAAUCUAAUGAGUUUAAUUAAAUGA